CCGAAGUUUCGUAUUAGUCUCAAGCAAACUGUAGCAAGAACAACGAGAAAUCAUGUUCACAAGUCAAUCAAUGUUCACAAGUCAACUAAUUUUUGCAGUGAUAAUUUCGUCGCCAAAAAUCAUAUUUGCCGACAUCCUUGUUCAUCCCGGUUACGAAUAUCAACAUAGCAACAAUCCGUCUAAUCCACAAUAUCAGCCUAUUUUGCAUUAUAACGUGCCAUCUGCGAUCGAACAUUAUACAAAACAAUUACCAACGCACAACAAUUACCAACACUUGAAGCAAUAUGUUCCGGAAAUUCAGAUAAUGGAUCCUUAUUAUGUACCAGGAGUUCAAAACAAAGUUCGAUCAAGCUUGGUAGGAUAUCCACACCAUUCACUGCUUCAUUAUCCUUAUAAUCACUACAUGUCAAAGAAACCUACCGGCAAACUGCACUACAUCAAACUAGGAGGUCAUGAAUAUGUACGGCCCUCAGUGUUCAUCGCCCAUUCCAAUCCUUUGACAGCACACUACCGGAAUAAAAGAUCAAUCGAUUUUACAAACGUCAAAUCCACCAAACCCGCGAUCGCUACACAUGAUGUGGCCCCGCAGCCGUCCUUAAUCGACAUCGAAUAUCCUACGGCCAUCGACUCGCUGCUUUCGAAAAACAAAUCUACCAGUACUAAUGAUAAAGACGUGAAGAACCAUCAAAGCGAUUUUACAACAAAACCAUUUUUAUUCGGCUUGGAUCCAAAUAAGAUGUACUCCAAGUUUCGAACCAAUAAUCUAGAAAGGGAGAACGAAACAGAACAUAGAGUUUCCAAACGUCAAGAUGCCGCUUUAAUUACACCAGUAAUUCUCACCCAAUUUACACCAGAUUCUGCUAAAACAACAGUAACCGAACCGUCGCAACAAACGUUAUCAAUUUCCCAGGAAAAAGAAAAAAAUCAAGAGCCAUCUCGUACUAAUCACGAAAAUACAAAUCUCACUCCCAAUGUGCCUUCUACGAAUUUGGAGCAAUCUUCGAGCUCGAUAACUACAUCUCAGAUACAGUCGUCAGAAGAGAAAUCACGCGAGAAUUAUAGCAAAUAUUAUACCAGCUAUGGCAACACAUAUGCGUAUACUUUGCCAACGAUGUCAAUGGCAUACCAGCCAACAAUACCAUUCGCAUUUAAGUAUUGGCCAAAUUAUAUAACAUACAACGCCAACGUAUAUCCGAAUAAAAGAACGAAAUACCUGCAUCAACAGAAUACAUCCAAUUAUCCAAUCAUCCAUCAAACAUCCGAUCAAAAAUCCUCGCAGGAAAUUACAAAUAUCGGUGUAACCAACACAGCUCAACCAAAACAAGAGUUGUUUACAUCAAUACAUCUCGCGGGUGAUGUUCCCUAUGCGACGAGUAACACAGAAACUAAAAAACCGUCUAGCGAGGCCGUACCAAGUAUGCCUACAACAACUCCAGCAACAUAUUAUACAUUUACCCAGUAUAGAAGCAACGAAGAGCCUUCAAGAAGCGAGAUAAUUGGUGCAUCAAAUUCUGGCACGUCGCAAGCUUUUUACACAAUUCCGAACGACUACACGUAUUAUUAUUCGAGUGACUAUUUGAGAAACAAUAUGAAAGAUUAUCUGGAUAACUCAGUAAUCGAUUAUCAAGAUUAUGACUAUGACGACAAAGACAAACUUACGUCUUAUCUGACGGAUGGUUUCAAUAUUUACGUGACAAGAAAUUCCGCGUAUUCAAGCAAUGACCCUUCAUACAAAAUUCCUCGCAAUAUGCUUUACGGAAAUAUUAAUGCUCGAAGUAACGUAGCACCGAUGACGUAUGUCGUUUCUUCGACUUCAUUGGAUAUACCGAAAACGCAACUUUCAAACGCAUGCUAUUAUCCGAAAACAGCGAGGAAGACGUACACGAAAGACAUUUUUUACGAUCCGCAACUUAACAGAGAUUUUUCUUAUAAAAAUUAUAAGAUUCGCCCGAAUUCUCCAAUUCGACCGAAUGUGUAUAGGCACUUGAUUCCGUCACAGGAUUAUUAUUCGUCACCGGUUUAUUCUUAGUAAGAUACUGUUACAGAUAUGACGCUGUUAUCGAUUCGUAUCAUAUUACCUUGAAGCAACGAGUCGAUUGACCAUAAUGAUUUUUCAUGAUCCAUUUAUUAUAAUUACUCUCAUGCUGUGCACGUAUAACUUUAUUUAGAUAGGUACACACGUUUCCCUCAUCAUAUUCCGUCCACUCAUUUUAUCAAUAUAAAUAUAAAUUUUUAUGUAUUAUUUUUUAAAUAAGGAAUAAAAUAUUUUAAUUUUUCUAAGUCCUACAUGUACUAAGUUUUUAAAUAAAUGUCAUUUAAAAAAAAUCACUCUAUAUCUUC